GUAGGCCCACAGGCCCAAGCUUGAGCGUCAGCUUUGAUGGCGGAGGGACAACAACGGGAGCGAGGGACCGCACCCUUUGAAAACCACGUCCACAUUCAGUCAAUAUCAACACCAUACUCACUCUCCUCCUCCUUCACAAGUGUUCUGAACGCCCUCCACAAACGUUGCCUUCAAACCUGACCACUUCUGUAUUCCUCCCCCCACACCACUCCUCUCGACCAACUACUUGGGCUUAGUUCAAUGGGCUCAGGCAGGCGGAGGGGCUUCCGCAUCAGCCGCAGGCUCGUCAGGCUCUGGCGGUGGCUCUGCAAGCGCAGGACAUUCCGCAGACGUGGUUACCUCCACCUGCGGAAGCCACCUCGCGAAAAGCACCGAGCCCACCAGCAAGUGGUGGUGCACAAGCUUUCUGGUAAAGUGCUCGGGCAUAAUCAUCAUCAGCAUCACCUUCAUCAUCCACUGGGUUACCAGCCCUUGGACGGGCCGGAGGUGCCCAAGGGCUAUAUGGCCGUCUAUGUGGGGCAAAAUGAUGAGCAGUACCGGUUCUUGGUCCCGGUGUUGUAUGUGAACCACCCGUUGUUCGCGGCGUUGCUGAGGGUGACAGAGGAGGAGUAUGGGUUCGAGCAGGUGGGAGGGAUCACAAUACCUUGUGAUGUCUCCCAUUUCGAGACUGUGAGGAAAAGGAUUGCUGGGGACGGAUGGAAGAAAUUGCUCCAUCGCUUGCUCCAUCCCUUCUGAGACAUCCCCCCCUCUCUCUUUCUCUAACUCUUCAAACUCAGGUUGCAAAGGCAAGUUUCAGUCCACUUGAGUUAUGGGUUAGAACUCAUGCCUUUUUCCUCUGUUCUUGUAAAUGUUUUCCUUGUUAUCUUGUAAAUGGAUUCUAAAUCUGCUCGAGAUUACAAUUUCGCACUAAUUAACACCUCUUUCUGUUUCUCUCC